AUGGCCUCCUGCGAGCCACAGCCGUGGCUCCACGAGUUCAGGAGGUGCCUGAAAUCGCUGAAGAAUCCCGAGGAAUAUGUCAGCUUCGCUCUUUCGUACAACCCUCAUGAGCAGCUCCUGCGCGACCCUCCUGUUUCUGCCCAGGGCCACGAUAGGCGGAAACGGUUGGAAUCUACGACGAGAAAAUGCAGGGACGGCUCGAUGUGCAGCGGUAUAGUUACCCCGAGCGUCACCGAUGUGUACAAUUGUGGCACCUCCGCAUUCGUGAGGAGCCGUGAUGUCCAGUUAGACCUUUCAAAGGUUUACCUGCUGCUUUCCAACGCGAAGGAUGUCUCUGCGAAGGGAUACCCCAGCGGAUAUUCGGGAGCAAGACUCCACAAUGCUGUUGUGUCUUCGACGCGGAGUGAUUCCGGAGAGAGCGACGACGAUGGAUUCAACUCCAGCAAUAUAGGAGAUGACCAUGGCAAACAAACGUCACUUUUAGAUCAUGUUGUGAGGAGAUUUGAACGCUAUGUAGUGAUCUGCAUGGCGCUUGCUGAGCAGUUUCCCUUCGAGCAUGCAUCAUACCAACAUUCGCCGGACGUGGACCUUGCGGGGUCGGAUAAACGAGAGAAACGCCUGUUGCGCCGAUCGCUGACUAACUUCAGGAUAAACCCAGGGGACUAUCGCAAUCUAAGGGGGGUGUCUGAUCCGGUGAAGGAAGUUGAAACAGUUACUGCGGACCUCAAUGUUGUUACGACCUUGAGUUGGCCAUUUUACAGGGAUGCCACGUGCGACGAUAUCUUCAAACUCCUCUGUUACUCCUUGAUGAGGGGUAAUUUCCAGGCCUUUGAUAUCAUUCUGCAGAAUAGCGAACCGUGCAUAUUGGAGCAUGUCAAGGAGAGUUGGUCAGUAUUGCUCAGUUACGUUCCCAUAGUGGGGGAUUACAGAAGGUGCAGAGACCUUUUAGGGACUGUCUUCAGUAUAUCAGAGCAAGUAUCGGAUGAAGAUUGUAGCAAAGUGAUUGACUGGGUACUGUGGAGGACAUACGUGAUACUGGAGGUAACGAAGUGCUCGUUCCACGUCGCCCUAAAAUUCCUUAAGACCAUGGCCGUACUUUUGAACAAGAUCCAAACUACUAGCGCGAUUGUACGAUCCAAGUUGUAUUUGUUCCGAUCUCUUCUGUCUCUGAUGAAGCAGUACAUCAUUUAUGUCAGUUUCAAGACUGGGUCCGUUAUGACUGUUAAGGAAAUCGAGGCGUCAAGCUGCCUCUCCUACCUUGGGUUCCUCCAGCUAAAAGCUAGUGAACGACUUCAACUGUUCAUAGAAUGCAUCGAAAUGCCAAUCCUCGGCCAGGAAAGUUGCGUGUGUGAAGACAGGUACAGGGAUAAGUAUGGCAUAUACAAGGUGUGCCUGCACUGCAAGACCGUUAACGCCACAAACGUAAUGACUGUAUUCUUCCGGUUGCAGUGUAUCAACGAAGACAUUAGCGAUGUAGACAAUGCUUUCUGUGGGCUAUCCGAGGAGUUCGGAGUUUUCUUCGCAGAGCUGAAACGAUGCGCGAACACUAGUAGCACAGAAUGCAUGGAGGGCCUGUAUCAAACCUUUGAUGGUGAAAUAAGCACAGAUCUCUUCGAGACCCUGUAUGCGCUAACAAAUGCGCUACUGGUGUCCGGGCACCGCGAAGUGGCAUGCAACACGGUUUUCCGCUUACUGUUCGACCGCAGCUCUCGUUAUAACCUUUUGGAGAACUACUUCGUAUAUAAGUCGAUUUUCUCCCUGUUUGGCAUAACCAACGAUGCUUCGGACGAUGGUAAUGCAGCUGUGCUGGCCCAUGAAGCAAGUCGGACAGCAAAUGUGGGUAAUUCGUGCCUACAGAGAUUGUCCAGGGAUCACACUACCGCGUGCAGCUACAGCAGGUCGGAACCUGCCGACCCGGAUUACCUGGAUUUCAUUAGAACUAGGAAUAGUGGGGAUGGGAAAGUAACGUUGGCAUUGGUUUUGAAGGCGGUCAGGUGUCAGCUCAACUUCAUGGAGGCUGUGCUGAAUUUAAUGUCCAUAAUGCGAAUGUUGCCCCUGAAUUUUUCGAAGUUGCAUAUCGGAAUAGCUGAACUCACAGAAGCGCUCUGUGACCAGGACAGGGCCGCCUCGCUUAUUCAGAAGAUUCUCGUACGUAUAAUUGACAAACGCCCGUCCGUGGAUGACUUUCGCAUGUGCAUACAUGCCCUGCAGGACAUCGCCGCACAUAUCAACGGGUUAUCUCUGCAAGACUUGCACAUGAUGUUCUUCUUCACCAUAUGCAUCUCUUCUAGCGAGGUAGGGUACUUGGAUGCGCAAAUCCAAGUCUGGUUCGCCUCUUCGAGCAAGGGAAUAGACAAGAUCGGGAUGUUCCUCAUGGCCUCACUGUCUGCUGUGAAGGCUGUAAUCUACAGGUUAAGUGGCGAGCAACACGUGAACUUCGCAAUGGCUAAGCUGGUCACUGAAUUAUCGCACGGGCUUCAUGAGGGGGCAGCCGACUGGAAAUAUCUCAAGCACCCAAUUUACGAAUCGGCCAUAAAAAUGCACGAAAUGAUACAAGUAUACCUGGACUUUUUAGGCAUCGAUUGGGAUGGGAACCUAGUAAAUGAGGGUGGCAGCGUUCUCAGUUUCAUAGAGAGUGGCGACAACGUGCAGUACAUUCCUGACUAUGAAAUAAUCAUCAGCGAUAUCAGGCGCUUGGGGAUGUUCCAAAGAAUAUCUACAGUUGCAACUACCACCUCCCUGUUCUCCAGUAAUGUGCAGGGGAAGCACAAGAAGUUGGGCUACAACCUAUACAACAACAAAACCGAACUAAUGGAGCAUGCACUCAGCAGCCUGGCUGCCUGCUACUUAGAAAGUGCCGAAAAGGCGUCGCCGGACACCGAGACAUAUUGGGAGUGCCGUAUUUUUGCAUCAAUCUUGCGCGGUGCAUAUAUGGACGGCGGGGAAGGUUUUGUGUACGGUGAAGGCCAAAUGACAAAGCGAUUGUGCCAAAUUCGUGAUGACGCCUUACUGGUGCUACCGGCGAAAGCACGCAAGGAUAUUCUAGCGAUGUUGGGGUUGAUACUUAAUCUCGUACAGGAAAGCCAGUCGCAUGGAAACGCUGAGAGCUCGGCAGUGGAAAGCGCCGCAAUGUCCGUGUUGAUGUGGCGACUACUAGCUUCAUCGUAUGUUAGGUCGGCUGAUUUCGGAGGCCUGGCAAAACUGUGUGCACAGUUUGCUAACGAUGAACUCCCUGCAUUCAUUAGGUUUUUGAAGGAGAACACGUUCCACAUUGCACCGAUACAGCUUGAUUCGGCAAGUGAAGCAUCCGACUUGUGCGCCUCGAGCAUCACACUCUUCGAGGUCAUCACAGGACCUGACUGUGACACGGAGUCGACGCAGAAUGCAGGAAAUGAACUGGUCGUGAACGAUUUUGUGUUACGAAACUGCAUUCUUAAGCUGCUGGGCAAGGUUAAUUUGGCCAAGAUCGAGGUAUGCCAGCCGGACAAAAUGAAAAUUUCGUUCGACAAACUGGCGCAUCGUUUCACCGGCAACACUGCCAGCGUGCUGCUGAGCAAGGCUCUGGGUAAGGCGGAAACCGGGCUCUCUUCCAUUAACUUGAAGAAGAUGCAGUUCGAGACUCUGAAAGGCAAAUUCUUUUCAUCCGCUAAGAAAAGCACGGAUAUCUUUGACGGCCGUUUCCUACCCGUUUUGAAUUUCUACAACACGGCGGUUUUGUGCAUCACAGAUUACGACUUCUCCGAUCCUGCCAAAGUAGGGGACGGGAAGGCCGACGACCAAGACGUGAUACGGUGGCGCUCAGUUGUGCGUUUUGACGUUGUCCAACUGCUACGCGUGGACGUCGAGCUAGGUGUCAUGAUGAUGCUUGAAAUGUGCAACUUCACGAUGAACAUCUUGUUUAUCGAGCAGAUGCACAAGAUAUUCCACAACAUCAAUGUACAUCUGUGCAUGCGCAUUAUACAGGUCUUGCGUUCGCGUCUCAGCAAGCUGGGUUGGCAUCAAUCGCUGAUUGCACAUCUGGAAUCCAUAGAGGGAUUUCUGUCACUCUUCCUCGUUUUCCCAGGUGAGGUUGACAUUUACAUCGGUCGCUUCAUAGCGAGCUCAACCUACCGGGCGGAUUUCUUUGCACAAGUGGCCGAGUACGUCCUGGAAGAUGUCAAUGCGUUCUUGCAGAUUUAUAAGUGUCUCGAUGCCCUGUUCUCGUGUAAGGAGGCUGACAGAGAAUCGUCUCCCAGCUUUAACGCGCCACUAGGACUCGGAGAUCUGACGAACGCACUAUGGACGAACAUAUGUCUCCCAGAGCACCACUGCAGGAUUACGGAUCCGCUAAUCGUUAGCGAAUAUGUCAGCAUCCUUCUUCAGUCGUUGGAGAAGACAUUCUGGGCCUCCGAUCCGGAUGAUCUCUUGGAUAAGAUUAGGUCUAUUGAGCCAGAGUUCCUAAAUUUUGGCGCGCAGUAUCGCAACUGUUUGCUCUCCAUGUACGACUGCUACGUGCAGAAACGAAUGCACAAACCGGGCAAUUGGCUGUGCUGGAGAAAGCUUGUUUACAGGUACUUGCAGGUGUAUCCUGAAGAAGAAACCUUUUUCGGCGACCUCUUCAGGCCCGCGUCGAAUGAAGUGUUGAGGCUCCUGGAGGUCGUCGAACGCACCACCGACGGUUUCGACAUCACGGAGGUCGACGACUUCGAUAUGUUUAAAAGGCAGCUGCUGCGUAAGGUUAACGUCCGCAACUACUUCGAGAUCGUCAACGCAAUGCGACAUGUCGACGGGGAAGCGGCAAAGGUCCUCCUGGAAUUCGUCCGCAGCGACAUUCACGGCGCUGAGUACGUGACCGGGUUCAAUGCGGCGCGUGCGCUGCACAGUCUCGACGUGGAGACAGCCUCGCGGUGGUAG